AUGGAUGUGGGGAUAAGGAUGGCAGGUUCGUUUGGGGUAUUUCUUUUAGGAAAUACCUGUGCAGUAGGAGAAAAGCAGAGAACUGUUUUCGGAGGCUUAAGUCCGGGUGUGUUUGUGUACUUGGUAGCUUUGCCUGAGGGCAAAAAGGUUUCUGGUGCUGCUGGCCAGAUCCAGGCACUGUCCGUGGUUCUGAAAGAUUGCAGUCCUCCCAAGGAAAUGAAUAAACAACCAGCGAACAGCCUGGAGGCAGCGGGGCCGGGCCACCGGGAUAGCCCUCAAGCACCUAGGACCAGCCCUGAGCAGGAGCUGCCUGCCGCGGCCCCCUCGGCCGCCGCCGCCCAGCCGCCACGUGUGCCCAGGUCGGCUUCCACCGGCUCCCAAACUUUCCAGUCUGCGGAUGGUAAAGCCUGCGACGCCCAGCAGUCCGGGGUAGGGCUGUGUAAACUCAGCAGCCCCCGGGCACAGGCGACCUCCGCGGCCCUCCGGGACCUAAACGAAGGGCACAGCGCACAGGCCAACCCCCCUUCCGGGGCGGCUGGGCCGGGCAACGCGCUGCAUUGCAAGAUUCCAGCUCUCCGUGGCCCGGAGGAGGACGCGAACGUGAGUGUGGGCAAGGGCACCCUGGAGCACAACAAUACCCCAGCCGUGGGCUGGGUGAACAUGAGCCAGAGCACCGUGGUGUUGGGGACGGAUGGCAUCGCGUCCGUGCUCCCGGGCAGCGUGGCCACCACUGCCGUACCGGAGGACGAGCAAGGGGAUGAGAAUAAGGCCCGAGGGAACUGGUCCAGCAAACUGGACUUCAUCCUGUCCAUGGUGGGGUACGCAGUGGGGCUGGGCAAUGUUUGGAGGUUUCCCUACCUGGCCUUCCAGAACGGGGGAGGUGCUUUCCUCAUCCCCUACCUGAUGAUGCUAGCGCUGGCUGGCUUGCCUAUCUUCUUCCUAGAGGUGUCACUGGGCCAGUUUGCCAGCCAGGGCCCUGUGUCUGUGUGGAAGGCCAUCCCAGCUCUGCAGGGCUGCGGCAUUGCGAUGCUCAUCAUCUCUGUCCUCAUAGCCAUUUACUACAAUGUGAUCAUUUGCUACACACUCUUCUACCUGUUUGCCUCCUUUGUGUCUGUGCUGCCUUGGGGCUCCUGCAACAACCCAUGGAACACACCAGAAUGCAAAGACAAAACCAGACUUUUACUAGAUUCCUGUGUCAUCACUGACCAUCCCAAGAUACAGAUCAAGAACUCCACUUUUUGCAUGACUGCCUAUCCAAACUUGACAAUGGUUAACUUCACCAGCCAGGCCAAUAAGACGUUCGUCAGUGGUAGCGAAGAGUACUUCAAGUACUUUGUGCUGAAGAUUUCUGCAGGGAUUGAAUAUCCAGGCGAGAUCAGGUGGCCCUUGGCCUUCUGCCUCUUCUUGGCGUGGGUGAUUGUGUAUGCUUCGCUGGCAAAAGGAAUUAAGACAUCAGGAAAAGUGGUGUACUUCACAGCCACGUUCCCCUAUGUUGUGCUGGUCAUCCUCCUCAUUCGAGGAGUCACCCUGCCUGGAGCUGGAGCUGGCAUCUGGUACUUCAUCACACCCAAGUGGGAGAAACUCACGGAUGCCACGGUGUGGAAGGAUGCUGCUACUCAGAUUUUCUUCUCCCUGUCUGCGGCCUGGGGAGGACUCAUCACUCUUUCUUCUUACAACAAAUUCCACAACAACUGCUACAGGGACACGUUAAUUGUAACCUGCACCAACAGUGCCACUAGCAUCUUUGCUGGGUUCGUCAUCUUCUCUGUCAUCGGCUUCAUGGCCAACGAACGCAAAGUCAACAUUGAGAAUGUGGCUGACCAAGGGCCAGGCAUUGCAUUUGUGGUUUACCCAGAAGCCUUAACCAGGCUGCCUCUCUCUCCAUUCUGGGCCAUCAUCUUUUUCCUGAUGCUUCUCACUCUUGGACUUGACACUAUGUUUGCCACCAUUGAGACCAUCGUGACCUCCAUCUCGGAUGAGUUCCCCAAGUACCUGCGCACACACAAGCCUGUGUUCACCCUGGGCUGCUGCAUCUGUUUCUUCAUUAUGGGAUUUCCGAUGAUCACACAGGGUGGAAUCUACAUGUUUCAGCUUGUGGACACUUAUGCUGCCUCCUAUGCCCUUGUCAUCAUUGCCAUAUUUGAGCUUGUUGGCAUCUCCUAUGUGUAUGGCUUGCAGAGGUUCUGUGAAGACAUUGAGAUGAUGAUUGGAUUCCAGCCCAACAUUUUCUGGAAAGUCUGCUGGGCGUUUGUCACACCAACUAUUUUAACCUUUAUUCUUUGCUUCAGCUUCUACCAGUGGGAGCCCAUGACCUAUGGCUCUUACCGCUACCCUAACUGGUCCAUGGUGCUCGGAUGGCUGAUGCUCGCUUGCUCUGUUAUCUGGAUCCCGAUUAUGUUUGUGAUAAAAAUGUAUCUGGCUCCUGGCAGAUUUAUUGAGAGGCUGAAGUUGGUAUGCUCACCACAGCCAGACUGGGGCCCGUUCUUAGCUCAGCACCGUGGGGAGCGCUACAAGAAUAUGAUCGACCCCCUGGGGACCUCAUCCCUGGGACUCAAGCUGCCAGUGAAGGAUUUGGAACUGGGCACCCAGUGCUAG